GAUUCCCGAGCCAGAGUCCCAUGGCUAGCUGGGGAAUUCUGGGGAUUGAAGUCCGCCUAUCUUCAAAUCGUUAAGCUUUGAGGAACGCUGCCCCGAGGCCGUCGCUCCAGGAGGCGGCAGACCCAGUGCACGUGCUCCCUGGCUGCCGAGUUGAAAAGGCGACGAGUAGGAGGAGAAAACAGGGAAGGGGGGGGAGGGAGAAAUCUGCGCCGCCGAGAGAGGCGGUGGGAUGCUGAACAGGAGUGAGCCAAACGGGCGGUAGUGACGCCCUCUCAGCUGCAGCAGAGGCGUUCAUCUCGCCUUUCCACCGACCGUGGUGGUGGUGGUGGCGGCGGCGGCGGCGGCACCUACUGCUUUCUCCUUCCCCCCUGGGAGCCCAGCGCUGCCCGUGUGCGCCCUCCCGCCUGCCCGCUUCUUCACGCACUGUUGUCAUGGAGGAGCCAAGAUGGCGGCCCUGGCCUAUAGCUUGGGCAAGCGGGAAAUCAACCACUACUUCAGCGUGAGGAGCGCCAAAGCCCUGGCGCUGGCCGCUGUUGUCUUGCUCACCGCCUGCUACGCCGUCUCCCGUCGGUAUCAUGGUAAUGAUACUUGUGAAUAUCUUCUCUCUACUGGAAGAUUCCUUGGGGACAAAACAUGGCAACCUUAUAGCUGUAUGAUGCAUAGAUAUAAACAGAGUGAAGCAAAAUCAUGCCUCAAAAACAAAUAUAUUGCAUUUAUAGGCGAUUCUAGGAUUCGUCAGCUAUUCUACUCAUUUGUAAAACUAAUAAACCCUCAAAUUAAGGAGGAAGGAAACAAGCAUGAAAACAUUCCUUUUGAAGACAAAUUAUCUUCACUUAAAGUGGAUUUCCUGUGGUAUCCAGAAGUCAAUGGUUCUAUGAAGCAGUGUAUCAAGGCUUGGAUUGAAGGUUCUUCAUCCAAACCUCAUAUACUUGUAGUAGGAGCUGCUACGUGGUCUAUAAAAAUUCAUAAUGGCAGCAAUGAAGCACUCACACAAUACAGAAUCAAUAUCACUUCAAUUGCACCCCUUCUGGAAAAGCUGGCAAGGAGUAGUGAUGUCUAUUGGGUCUUGCAAGAUCCGGUUUAUGAAGAUAUGUUGAGUGAAAGCAGAAAAAUGAUCACUAAUGAGAAAAUAGAUGCUUACAAUGAAGCAGCGGUCAGUAUUCUGAACAGCAGCUCAAAAAAUUCAAAAGCUAAAGUAAAAGUUUUUAGUGCAUCUAGACUAAUAGCAGAAGAAACUAUAAUUCAAUCAUCAGACGGCUUACAUCUUCCUGAAUCAAGCAGAGAAACAAAUGCAAUGAUUCUAAUGAAUAACCACUGCAACAAGAUUGUGAAACCUAUUGAUGGCUCAUGCUGCCAACCUCAGCCUCCUGUGACUUUGAUACAAAAGCUAGCUUUUUGCUUUUUGGCUUCAUCUGUAAUUGGAUAUUUGAUUCUUGUUUUCAUUCGUCGUAACAAUAACCAGAAGAACAAACUGUGCACUGAUAUGGAGAGUGGAGAAGAAAAAAAACCUGCCACUAAUUCUCCAACAGUUUCUACUCUUGAGACACUUUUCCAGUCCUUGUGCAAACUUGGCUUAAUUAUGGGCUACUUCUACCUGUGUGAUAGAGCAAACCUAUUUAUGAAAGAAAACAAGUUUUAUACUCAUUCAUCCUUUUUUAUACCAAUAAUUUAUAUCUUGGUGUUAGGAGUAUUUUACACAGAAAAUACUAAAGAGACUAAAGUGUUAAAUAGGGAGCAGACUGAUGAAUGGAAAGGAUGGAUGCAGCUUGUCAUUUUGAUCUACCAUAUCUCUGGAGCAAGCACAUUCUUGCCAGUGUACAUGCACAUCCGUGUUUUGGUUGCUGCGUAUCUAUUCCAAACAGGCUAUGGACAUUUCUCAUACUUUUGGAUUAAAGGAGAUUUUGGCAUUUAUAGAGUGUGUCAGGUUUUGUUUCGACUGAACUUCCUGGUUGUGGUGCUAUGCAUUGUAAUGGAUCGAUCUUACCAAUUCUAUUACUUUGUUCCUCUAGUCACUUUCUGGUUUUUAAUCAUAUAUAUUACAUUAGCUCUGUGGCCUCAAAUCAUCCUGAAAAAAGCCAACGGUAGUUUCUUCUGGCAUUCUGGCUUGCUGUUAAAAUUAGGAUUCCUGUUUGUCUGCAUUUAUUUUUUAGCAUACUCUGAGGAUCUAUUUGAAAAGGUUUUUUCUAUAUGGCCAUUGUCCACAUUUUUUGAACUAAAUGGGAGCGUCUAUGAAUGGUGGUUUAGAUGGAAAUUAGAUCGAUAUGUUGUUUUCCAUGGAAUGUUGUUUGCUUUCAUUUAUCUAACUUUUCAGAAAAGACAGGGGCUCUCUGAAGGAAAGGGAGAGCCACUCUUUCCUACCAAAGUUUCAAAUAUUUUCUUAUUUAUUUCAGUAGUGUUUUUUCUGACCUAUUCCAUCUGGGCAAGUAGUUGUAAGAAUAAAACUGAAUGCAAUGAAAUGCAUCCUGUUGUUUCAGUUGUGCAGAUUUUAGCUUUCAUCCUAAUUAGGAAUAUACCCGGCUAUGCUCGUUCAGUAUACAGUUCAUUUUUUGCAUGGUUUGGCAGAAUUUCUCUUGAGCUCUUCAUCUGUCAGUAUCACAUCUGGCUGGCAGCAGAUACAAAGGGAAUCUUGGUCCUUAUUCCAGGAACCCCCAUGCUCAAUAUUAUUGUCAGCACUUUUAUAUUUGUCUGUGUGGCUCAUGAAAUUUCCCAGAUAACAAACGAUCUUGCACAGAUUGUUGUUCCAAAAGAUAAUGUAAUGCUGCUGAAGAGGUUAAUAUGGGUAUGUGUGUUUUUUUCCGGAUUUAUCUUUUUAUCAAUUUUUCAAAAACAGUGAAGGUGUUAAAUUCCAGAAAAUCCUUCAGUCAUUGCUUCUGCUUCACUUUAUAUCUCCUGAAUAAAAUGAAAAUCAACUGGAAUUACAUACUCUCUUAACUUUGUUUCUGUUCCUGAGGAGCAGAAGAAAAAGAAACAUAGGAAGUACACUAAACAUGUUUAUGUUGCCUAAGGAUAACAUCCGUUCAGGAAAAUAGGAAUGCAUUAUUCCUAUUGCAUUCCUAUUCCUCCCCAACUGUAUGGGGAGAAAAAAAAUUGAUUUUUCUGCUGGAGGAUUAUUCUGUUUACAAAUCUUUCUAAAAUUAAUGUAACGAUCGAACAAAAUGAGCUCAGCUAAAGGCAUUUAAGACUUUUUAUGGAAGCAUUUCUUAAAAUGAUUAAUAAUUAUUUACAUCCUCUGUAUGGAAAAACAAAACUGCUUAUGCUGCAACAAAUUACAUAACCCACCUCUUGAUGGCAUUUUGAAUUCCUGAAAUCACAGAGAAAUCAUUGAAGACCAUAAGGCUUCAACAGAGUACUGCAUUGAAUCUGGGAACAAAAUGUCAGUAGUGAUUUAUUUUAAAUUUCUGGAUAUGUGUAUUAUUUCUGGGGAGCUUCUCAAGAACUGAGGGAUAAAAAGACACUGAAAUAUAAUCUUAAUGUUUACAAACUACAUUUCAGUUCAGUAGAUCUUCAGCAAUUUCUCUGCAUUUAAUGAUUGACAUCCACUUUGAAUACUUUGAGCAAUCUUAUGUUUCUUCCACUAUUUAUUUUUAAUCAGUAUUUUCAAGUCUCUAGUUUCAAAUGUUAAUUGGAAAUUUAAUAUUUCCUGUGAUUUUCUUCUGAAUUCCCCUUUCCGGUAUACUGCUGAGUUACAUUUUACUUCAGUUUUCUUUUUUUUCAUGAAAAUAAUUUCAUUGGAACGAGAUAACUCUUUAUCUGACACACUUCUUCAAACAAGUUGGGCAUUUAGCUGUGAUUGUUCUGUGAUUUCUGUAAUAAUUACUUUUUGGCUUGGGAGAAAGUUUUUUUAUUCAGAAUUUGCAUGGACUGCAUGAGAAGGACAAAAAAAUUACCUCCUCAAAUAUAGGAAUUUCAAAGCUAUUUUACCAAUCACUGUUUUAAAAGGGCUAUAAAGCUGUUGUCAUUUCUUUUUGAAAUUAAUCAUGCACAACCCCAUGCAAAAUAGGUAGUUCAGGAAUAGUAUUAUAAGGUUUUAAAAUACAAAAUGCUUCAUUUUGUUUUAAAUAUACCCUUCAAAUUCCAUUAAUAUUUAGUUAUAUUCUCAUAGUAGUAUUUCUGUUCCUAUUCCUAAGCAUGCUGUGCAGAUGUUAAAUACUGUACGUAGUAAUAGAAUUGAAAGAAAUAGUGUGACUUAAUCUAAAAAAAUUAAGUGAAAUAUGCCAGUUCUAAUAUUUUAAUUCUGGCAAUUUGGAGUGUGUUCCUGGGCAAUUUGUAGUCAAAAUAAGAUUAUAAGUAAUUAUUAUCCAGUAUACUAACAUUUGUGUGGAAUAUGUAGAUUCGAAGAUGCAUAUUCACAUUAAAAUUUCAUUCAUAAUUUUUAAAACUUAUCCCUCAUUGGCUUUCUAUCAGUAUCAGCUUCAGCACUAAGUUUGAGAACUGGAGCUUUGUGGUGAAAUGGUGUGUGUAAUCUACAUUUUUUUUUUAUUUUAUUUUUUUGGCAUUGAAAACUAAAGAGCAUUUUGAGGUGCUUGGGGAAAGUUGUUUGGCAAAGAAAUGUCUGCCCUUAAAAAAAAAGUAACACCUUAGGAGGUAUGUUUAUGGUAUGUUCAUUGGGGACUUAGCUUUGAUAUCAGUUGCAACAUGUCUGUAAUAUGUCUGCAUGUUGCAUCCAGUUUUAGCACUUGAAGAAUGAAUAGACAGUAUUGUUUUCUAUGCAUAUGUGCAAUUAUAGGGCUUUUUAUUUAUUAGUGUGUUUUGAUGUAUGGAAUUAGGAACUCUUAUUUCCCAUUGUAAUUAGAUUAUACUGAACAAUGGGAAAGGAGAAGAGGAAAUCCCACUAAAUAAUAAUAGGAAUAAUAGGUUUCAAACUGUUAAAUGUUUGUUACAUUAGCUUGUUGUGUAAGUCCUGUGUUUAUCUGACCAUUUAUUUCAAAAGGUGUGAAAAGUUCUGUUUUAUCAUUAAUGAUCUGCAUUUUUUUCUUCGGUUUUGUUUAUCAUGGAUGUAAUGGCUGGCAAGUCAGGAGUUGAAUGUACAAAGGAGAUCCAGUGAGAAUUUUUGUUAGGAUGGGAGUGUUUUGUUAUGUUGUAAUCUGAGUGCUAUAGAUAUUUUAUUUAUCUGUUGUACAGAUUUGGUUAAAGAUUAUUUUUUAAGUUUGAAAUAUUGCACUUGUUUGCUAUAUAUUUUUUAAAGAAUAUAUUUCAAAGUUAUGUGAAAAAUAUGAAGUAAUUUAAGAUUUAAAUAAAUGUGGUGUAAGUGCUUAUUUUUGUACUAAAGGAGCAUCAGUUAAGUAAAGGAGUGUUAUGUGUA